AUGUGGUUUGUAAUUUUAUUUGUGGGCAUUGCUGCAGUUAAUGGCAGCCCGGUUGCAAGAGUAGUCGGCGGUGGAGAUGCACCAGAUGGAAAAUAUCCAUACCAAGUAUCAUUGAACGUAUUGAAUUCCCAUAUAUGCGGUGGAUCAAUCAUUGACAAACGUUUUAUUUUAACAGCCGCCCACUGUGUCGUCAAGAUUCCAGAAGUUUUCAUGACAAUCAUCGUGGGCACGAAUUCACUGAGUAAAGGAGGAGCUAUUUAUAAAGUUGACAAAUUUAUUAUUCAUGACUUUGAUCCUUCGAUGAUUUUAAAUGACAUUGCAUUGAUUCGCACUGACAGGGACAUUGAGUUUAAUGACAAAGUACAGCCGAUUAAAAUUAGCGAUCAUAAUUUCCAUUUACACGGCGAUCCUGCCGUACUUACAGGAUGGGGAUACACGCAUGCAUCGGGAGUAAAUGCACCAGACAGAUUACAAGAGAUAAAUCUUAAGAUCUACGAGCACGAAGAGUGUGAAAAACAUUGGUGGAAUUUACCCGAAAGUCAAAUUUGCACUUUGACCGAAAGUGGCGAAGGCGCUUGCAUGGGUGACUCCGGUGGUCCAUUGGUUGCCGAUGGUGUCCAAAUCGGUAUCGUUUCCUAUGGGGAGCCAUGCGCCCAAGGACUUCCAGACGUUUACACCCGCGUUUACCAUUACGCCGACUGGAUAAACGACAUUAUUAAUUAA